AACUAUUUAUAUGUAUAUUUUAAGAAAAAAGAUAUAAAUUUUUAAAGGUUCUCAGAUUGCUAUGACUGCCUCUAGAAAUGGGGGCCAAUCGACACCUUGAAACUAACAUCCAAUGAAAACGAUCCUCUGCCAACGGGUUAAAGUUCGUAACAAAUAUGAACUAUGAUAUCUUAUCGAUUAUGAAGAUGGCCCUACAAAUUUAUUUGCAAUAGAAACUUGAAAAUAUGUUUAAGAAAGAUGAAUAUAUUAACCAGCAAUAUCUCCCUACUCUUAUCAAAUGGAUCUUCCGCAAGUAGGUCUACUUAACCAAGUCUUCUGCUUGGAAGGAAAAUUUUUAUGUUCACACAAAUUAAAGGUCUCUUUUUCUACUAGGUCUCCCAUUGCUUCGAUGCUGUCCUAUUCUAGUAAACACAAUUCCCAAGUCUUCUAGUUUGGACUAUAAUACUCUUUUCCAUUUUCAUCCUCACUCCCAUGACUCCAUUCUUCUCACCAUCUUUUGCACGACAUGACCGACAUUUUUCUUUUUCUUUUGGAAAGAAUGCAUGACAUGAUCGAUGCAUUAAGUUUCUUUUUAAGAAAAGGCAGCUUCGCUGCUCUUAUCAAAAGGAUCUUCCAAAAGUAGGUCUACUUAGCCAAGUCUUCUGCUUGGAAACAAAACUUGUGUUCACACAAAUUAGAGGUCUAUUCUCCUACCGAGUCAACAUAAUUCCCAAGUCUUGUAGUUUGGAAAGAAUGCGUGACAUGAUCGAUGCAAUAAGUUCCUUACUUAAAAAAAAAAGUAGCUCCGCCAUAAAGUUGAUCCAUGCUACGUUAGUUUAACCAAAAGUAACUCCCCACUCUUAUCAAAUGGAUCUUCCACAAGUAGGUCUACUCAACCAAAUCUUCUACUCUAAAACAAAACUUUUAUAUCCACACAAAUUGCAGGUCUCUUCUUCUAGUUUGGACUAUAAUAUUCUUAGCUCCACAGGAAACGUUUUUGCCAUUUUCAUCCUCACUUCCAUGACUCCAUUCUUCUCGCCAUCCUUUUCUUUUGGAAAGAAUGGAUGACACGAUCGAUGCAUUAACUUCCUUUUCAAGAAAAAGCAGCUCCACUACUCUUAUCAAAAGGAUCCUCCACAAGUAGGUCGACCCAGCCAAGUCUUCUGCUUGGAAACCAAACUUUUGUGUUCACACAAAUUCGAGGUCUCUUCUCCUACUCUAACUCCCCCAUUCCGUCGACGCCCUCCUCUUCCAAUCAACGCUACUCUCAGAAUCUUCUAGUUUGGACGGGAGAACUCCCUUUUCCAAAAGAGCAGCCUCUACCAUAUUCAUUAUCGCGUCUGCAGAUCCAUUCUUAUAAAAAGGCAUCUCCUCCAUAGAGUUAAUCCACGCUGCCUUAGUUCAACCAACCAUACCUCUCUACCCACUCUUAUCAAAUGGAUCUUCCACAAGUAAACAAUAUUAGAGUACUCCAGCCAAUAGCUCUCAUCCUUCUCUUCAGCUUAUGCUCCUUGCACUCCUACUCCGCACUAGCUGCUGCUGCUCCUGAUCCCAUCCUCCCAAACAUUGCCACCGACAAGCUAGCUCUCCUUGCCUUCAAGUCAUUGCUAUCCGACCCUCUUGGAGCCUUGACCUCCUGGAGAAACGAAUCCCACAAUUGCUGUAGGUGGUUGGGCGUCACUUGUGGCCGGCGACACCCACAAAGGGUCACGGCUUUGGUCCUUGAUUCCCUCAACCUCACAGGCGUCAUAUCACCCGACGUAUCCAACCUCACCUUUCUUAGAAGAAUCUAUCUACCGAAUAACCUACUCAACGGACACAUCCCACAAGAGCUAGGUCGUCUCUCUCGACUUCAGUACCUUAACCUAAGUAUGAACUCUCUUGAAGGGGAAAUCCCGUCCAAUCUUGGUCAGUGUUUGAACCUCCAAACCCUUAGUUUAGAUUACAACAAACUCAGUGGAGAAAUUCCCACCGACUUCAGCUCCCUUCAAAAUCUUGACAACCUCUUUCUAAGCAAUAACAAUCUCACAGGCUGCAUUCCUCCUUUGUUGGGACGUAGCCCAUCGCCCACCCAGGUUGAUCUUUCAGGCAAUCGUCUCACAGGAAGCAUUCCACCAUUCCUGGCCAACAACUCAUUCCUUAGUGUUCUUCUCCUAUCAGAUAACAACCUUGCUGGAGUAAUCCCACAAUUGCUAGGAAAUAGCUCUUCUUUGCAUGCUCUUGAUCUAUCAAACAAUAACCUCACUGGCGAAAUUCCACCCAUGCUAGGUAGCAGCCCAAUUGCAUAUCUCAACUUAUCCUACAAUAGUCUGACGGGAGGCAUCCCUUCUUUGCUAGGAACCAGCUUAUCCCUUCAAUAUCUUGACCUAUCAUUCAACAGUCUCACGGGAGAGAUCCCCCGAUCAUUAGGUAGCAGCUCAUCCCUCUUCUAUAUUGAUCUAGCAAAGAACCAUCUGAUAGGAGGUUUGCCACCUUUCUUAGCCACCCCCUCGAGCCUUUUUUUCCUCGGGCUGUCUCUGAACCAACUUUCAGGAGGCAUCCCGUCUUCAUUGGGGAACUUCUCCUCUCUCCAGUAUCUUUAUCUUGCUAGCAAUAACUUGGUGGGAAGCAUUCCAGAAAGCCUAGGCAACAUCCCCGACCUACAAGAGCUGGAUUUGACCAUCAACAACUUGUCUGGCCAAAUCCCACCUUCUCUUUACAACCGCUCGUCGCUCACCUAUUUUGGUGUGGCGAGCAAUAGGCUCUCCGGGACACUUCCACCGAAUAUGGGCCUCACUCUUCCUAACCUCCAAAACUUGGUCAUGCAAGGGAACCAAUUCCAUGGACCAAUUCCAGUUUCAUUAUGCAAUGCUUCCGGGCUUCAGAUGCUUGAUCUUUCCAAUAAUUCAUUCAGUGGAUUGGUGCCUUCCAAUCUAGGAUCCCUACAAAACCUGCGCUAUUUGUACAUUGGCUGGAAUCAGCUCGAAGCCCAUGACUGGAGCUUCUUCUCUUCUCUGACUAAUUGUAGCUUAUUGGAGAGAUUAAGCUUGUACCAAAACCAAUUUGAGGGCCGACUGCCUAGUUUGGUAGGCAAUCUCUCCACACAGCUUGAGUGGCUAUUGAUUGGGAAAAAUCAAAUAUCUGGGCCCAUUCCUGCAGAGAUAGGGAAUCUUGUUAGCCUAACUGUGCUUUACCUAGAUCAAAACCUUUUCAUGGGAGAAAUUCCAGAGACCAUAGGAAAGCUUCAGAACUUACAUGUGAUGUACUUAUCAGGAAACAAAUUAUCGGGACCGAUCCCCUCUACUAUUGGCAACCUUGCUCAAUUGAACGAGCUUUAUAUGCAAGAAAAUGAACUGAGCGGCAAUAUCCCUGCAAUCUUGGGAAAUUGCAGAAAGUUGGGAGUAUUAAACCUUUCCCACAAUGCUUUCCUUGGAAGCAUACCAAGGGAACUCGUCAGCAUUUCUAAUCUUGCACAAUAUUUGGACCUGUCGCAUAAUUAUCUCACCGGGCCUAUGCCAAUGGAAGUAGACAACUUGAUUAACCUUGAUCGUUUAGAUGUCUCCGAGAACCGAUUGUCCGGUGACAUCCCUUCCACCUUAGGUGCUUGCCAGCUCUUGGAACACCUAUACAUGCAAGGCAACUUUUUUGAAGGCGGCAUUCCUCAAGGACUUGGAUCCUUGAAAGGCAUGGUGGACUUGGAUCUUUCUCGAAACAACUUAUCCGGGCCAAUUCCAGAUUUCUUCAAGUCUCUUCGUUCUCUUCAUUAUCUUAAUCUUUCAUUCAAUGAUCUUGAGGGCGAAGUCCCAGAGGGUGGUAUUUUCGAUAAUGCCACCGAAAUUUCUAUCCUUGGGAAUAGGAGGCUCUGUGGAGGUGAUCCCAAUUGGCAGCUGCCGCCUUGCUCUAUCAAAGCUUCAAAGAGGAUGUUCCUCAAGGUUACAAUACCAGUUGCAGGUGCCGCCAUAGUCCUUAUGCUGUGUUUGCUGGCCAUUCUUUGUCGACAAAGGAAGACGGGGGAAAAAUCUCACUCUGUCUCCAAUAUGGAGGGCAAGUACAAGAAAUUAUCUUAUGCGGACAUCCACAGAGCAACUAAUGGCUUCUCUUCAGACAACUUGGUCGGCAUCGGAAGUUUUGGUUCGGUGUAUAAAGGGAAAAUAGAUCUUGAAGAGAAUACCAUCAUCGUGAAGGUAUUCAACCUUCAUCAAAUUGGAGCGCUAAAGAGUUUCAGUGCCGAAUGUGAAGCCUUAAGAAACAUGCGCCACAGGAAUCUUGUUAAGAUCAUUACUUCAUGCUCGACUGUUGAUUCAAGAGGUAAUGACUUUAAAGCUCUAGUCUUUGAAUACAUGCCUAAUGGGAGCCUAGAAGAGUGGUUGCAUCCAAAAGCUCCCGAACAUGACCAGGCAAAGAAGCUGAACCUUACUCAAAGGUUAAACAUAGUCAUCGAUGUGGCCUCUGGUUUGAACUAUUUACAUCACGGCAAUGCAGUGCCCGUUGUUCAUUGUGAUCUCAAGCCAAGCAACAUUCUUCUUGACAAUGAUAUGACUGCCCAUGUGGGUGAUUUUGGCUUAGCAAAGUUUCUCCCUACUUCCAGCUCUGCAACAUCUGAGAAUUCAACAAGUUGGAUGGGGAUAAAAGGAUCCAUCGGAUAUGUCGCACCGGAAUAUGCGAUGGGCAGCAAAAUCUCUACGCAGGGAGACGUAUAUAGCUAUGGAAUACUCUUGCUAGAGACGCUUACGGGAAAGAAACCUACAGACGACAUGUUCAAGGAUGGUCUAAAUCUUCAUAAAUUUGUCGACACAGCUUUUCCAGAAGGAAUCAUGGAGAUUUUGGAUCUCCAGAUCCUGCAAGAAGAAUGCGAAGAAGCUAAUAACAACGGUAGAAAUGAAAAUGCUGCCAGGAUGAGAAUGAGGAGAUGCAUUACUUCAUUAAUUGGAAUUGGGCUUUCGUGCUCGAAAGAAUCGCCUAAAGAACGAAUGGACAUGCGAGAUGUUGCCAAUAAACUCAAGGCAGUUAAAGACAGGUUAUCGGUGGUCGAAAUCUUUGAAGAGGGGGCAAAUCUACCUCAUAACGAGUAGAAAGUUCAGUUAUAUAUGUAUUUCUACUUUUCUAGUUUGUUUAUGUAAGAAGGGAGCUUGAUGUAAUCUUAUGCUUUUUCUUUCUCUUUUUUCUUAAUAAGGGUGGCCUAUCAAUAGAUUAUGUACUUAAGCGAGCAAGCAUAGAUUGGGAAUAAUUUAAA